AUGAAACAGUUCUGUAUACUAGACAACGUGGUCAACGAAAUUAACUCCUUGAGCCAGUACGGACUAUAUGCCCUGGUAGCGGACGACAAAUUACGCCGGGCGGCAUUAGACGCAACACGACGACUCACUUUACUCGUGCAGACUCCCGAAGAGGGUAUCCGUAGCCUGGCAUUCGCGCCAACGUACAAUGCUUGUGUUCGGAUUGCGAUCGACCUUAAUCUUUUCCGAGUCCUGGUGUCUUCUCCCGACACAACUGCCACAGGGCUAGCGAAGACAGUUGGCGCUCAACCAGGGCUUAUAGUACGUUUGAUGCGCGUGCUCUGCGGCAUUGGCUUCGCCCGAGAGACAGGGAAAUUUCGCUAUGGGCCGACAUCGGUCACCAAACAUAUGUGCAUACCAUCUACAACGGCGUCUAUCAUACAUUUGUCAGCUUAUCGAUCCAGCUUCCGAUCACUUACUGAGUCUAGCAGUUUCGACCAAGGCUUCCCCAGCAUUUCCAGUCUGCCUCAGUAUUUCCAGAUCAAUGGCUACUCAUCUCCUGAUGACUACCUUGCUGGACCUUUCCAGUACGGCCACAGCACCGACAUGGAAACUUAUUCAUACUGGCUCACUCAGCCCGAUGUCAUUGACAACUUCAAUGUCUUCAUGCAGGGCGGAAAGCUAAAGAAAACCCGCCGUUGGACUGACUGGAUGCCAACAAGUGAGGUCAUCGUAGAAGGCUUCAGCCCAGGUGAUGGCUCAGUAAUGCUUGUUGACGUUGCUGGAGGCAGAGGGCACGACAUCGAGGCCUUCCGCUCAAAACAUGCCGAUUCCGAAGGCCGCCUCGUGCUGGAAGACUUGCCCGAGACCAUCGAUUGUGCGAAUCAACUACACCCGAGGAUUGAGAGACAAGCCUACAAUUUCUUUCUGCCUCAGCCAGUCCUUGGCGGGCGUGCAUACUUCAUGCAAGACAUCUUCCAUAAUUGGCCUACCAGUGUUGCUCGGUUGAUACUGAAGAAUACUACAACAGCGAUGCUGCCGGGCUACUCCAAAUUACUUAUCAGCGAGACCGUGCUACCAGACCAAAACUGCCCAUUAACAAUGGCUGGGCUCGACUGGGGAAUGAUGUAUCUACAUUCAGGACUAGAGCGGUCAGAGCAGCAGUGGAGAGAUUUACUGGCAGCUGAGGGGCUGAAGGUUGUAUGUGUGCACAGAGAGGAGGAUGGGGACUCAUCUAUAAUCGAGGCUAUGCUUGACGAGGCACGGCCUGGAUGA